AUGGUCGCCGAAGCAGACGGCCUCGCUCCGCCUACGGCCUCCAGGGCAAAGAGGCUCCUCCACGAUCCGUGGACGCAGAUUGUCCUCAUCUCUCUCAUAUCCUUCUGCAACCCGGGCAUGUACAAUGCCCUCACCGGCAUGGGCGGAUCCGGCCAGGUCGACGGCACCGUCGCAGCCAACUCCAACGUCGCCACGCACGCCUGCACCGCGGGGGCCGCCCUCGUCCUCGUCGGCGCCUUUUACAAGUACCUGGGCCCGCGGCUGUCCCUCCUGCUGGGCGGCUGGACGUACGCGCUCUACGCCGGCUCGCUGCUCAACUUCAACCGCACCCACGACGGCGCCUUUGUCAUCGCGGCGGGCGCCCUGCUGGGCGUGGGCGCGGCCUUUUUCUGGGUCGCGCAGGGCACCGUCAUGGUGACCUACACGGACGAGGGCACGCGCGGGCGGGCCAUUGGCCUCUUCUGGGUCGUCUUCAACCUCGGCGGCGCCAUCGGCUCGCUCGCCAGCUUCGGCCUCAACUUUCGCUCCACGUCGGGCACCGUCACGGACUCGACGUACGUCGCGUAUAUAGUCGUCAUGCUCUUCGGCUGGGCGCUCUCGGCGCUCGUCUGCUCGACCGAGGCGCUGUCCGCGAGGUACGCGGGGGAGCGCAUCGCGCGGGAGUCCAAGGCCGUCACCUGGGCGAACCUGCGCGCGUCGGCGCGGCAGACGGCGAGCAUCGCGGUGCUCGACUGGCGCGUCGCGUGCCUGUACCCCAUGUUCUUCAACGCAAACGUCUUUUACUCGUACCAGCAGAACAACGUCAACGGCCAGACAUUUGACCUGCGGACGCGCUCCCUCAACGGCGCGCUGUACUGGAUCGCGCAGAUGUUUGGCGGACUGCUCAUGGGCCUGGUGCUCGACUACAAGGGGCGUCUGAGUCUCGGCAGCGGCAAGAGGGCCCGCGCCCUGGCCGGCUGGACGGUGCUCUUGGUCACGGGCAUGGCCAUCUGGGGCGGCGGCUACAAGUUUCAGCUGUGGAACGACGAGCGGCUGCGUCUUCACGGCGGCCACAAGCAGGACACUGACUAUACAGACGGGAGCGUCUUCCUGGGCCCCAUGUUCCUGUACUUCUUCUACGGCGCCUACGACUCCUUCUGGCAGGCGUACUGCUACUGGAUCAUCGGCGCGCAGUCGCGCGGCAGCCCCGUCGUCAACGCCGUCGUCGUGGGUGCCUACUCGGCCUUGAAGCCCGCGGGCGGCUCCAUGGCCUGGAGGAUCAACGCCGAGGGAUACUCGGCUAUGACGCAGCUGGCCAUGAAUUGGGGGCUGAGCAUUGGCAGUCUGCUGGUUGCGAUCCCUACCGUGCUGGCGCUGCGCGACCAUGAUGAGCCGGAGGGGGAGGGGGCCGAGGACGAGAGUGUCAAUGUCGAAAAGGCUGUGGAGGAUAAGGUUCACGUAUAG